UGCAUACAACAUAUCUGUGGAUGAGAUUAAUGCAAUAGCUGCCUAUCAUUGGUGGGAAGGUGCGAUCUACACCAUUCUUUCUAUUCUUGCUUAUCCCCUUGCUUGGUCAUGGCAGCAAUGGCGUCGGAGAAUGAAAUUGCAACAAUUACGUCAGUUUGUGCGAUCAGAAUAUGACCAUGCUUGCUUACGUUCUUGCCGUUCACGGGCUCUCUACGAGGGGCUUAAGGUAUCUGCAUCCUCUGAUUUAAUGUUGGCUUUUGUGGACUUCUUCCUUGGUGGGGAUGAAAAGAGAACAUACCUUCCUCCUCGAUUCCCUCAAAGGUUUUCUAUGGCUAUAAUUUUUGGAGGUGAUGGAAGUUACAUGGCUCCAUUUUCCCUUCAAAAUGAUAACAUUCUUGCCAGUCUUAUGAGUAAGUUGGUGCCCCCUACCAAUUGGUACCGACUGGUGGCUGGUUUGAAUGUGCAAUUACGCUUGGUUCGCCGUGGACGGCUGAGGAUAACAUUUCGACCUGUCCUGCGAUGGCUUGGAACACAUGCUAAUCCUGCAUUGAGAAAUCAUGGUGUAUGUAUUGAGCUUGCCUUGUUUCAUGGUUCAUCUGGUGGUCACUGCCAGUAUGGACUUUUGGUGUAUUCUGUUGAAGAGGAAAAUGGACCUAUAUCUGUGGAAAAUACUGCUGGAGUAGGCAGAACUGAGCUUUCUUCAAGCUUGAAGACCACAUACAUUCAAAAUCAAUCUGGUUAUCCACGAGAAGAUGUGCUUUUAACCCUAGAUAACCAAAGCAAUGGAGGUUUUGCAAAGGAGAAGAGGAGUUGCGGAGAGGUUAUAGAUACUAACAACUUACAGAUGCUUGAAGAGAAGAGAGAUAUAUUUUACCUUCUCUCUUUCUUUGUCCAUAAUACUAAACCUGUUGGUCACCAGGAUCUUGUUGGCUUACUCAUAUCAAUACUGCUUUUAGAAGAUUUGAGCCUAGUGUUGCUUACAUUCCUCCAGUUGUAUUCAGUAUCAUUGGUGGAUGUCGUUCUGUUUUUGUCUAUUGUACCUCUUGGCAUUCUUCUCCCGUUUCCUGUUGGCAUAAAUGCUUUAUUCGGUCACGGACAAAAGCGUUCUGCAGGUCUUGCACGCUUCUAUGCUUUAUGGAACAUAACAUCCUUGGUUAAUGUUGUUGCAUUUCUUUGUGGGUAUUUUAACUAUAACAGUCAGUCAUCAUUGAGUAAAAGGAUCCCGGCCCUCCAGCCAUGGAAUAUUAACAUGGAUGAAAACGAGUGGUGGAUCUUCCCUGCUGGGUUGGUUUUGUGUAAACUUUUCCAAUCACAGCUUAUAAACUGGCAUGUCACUAAUCUAGAGAUUCAAGAUCGCUCAUUGUAUAGUGAUGAUUUUGAGCUUUUUUGGCAGUCAUGACCCGUCAUACCAAACACAUACUUGUUAACAAGGUUCUUUUGUUCAUUUUGGUCUGCAAGUUACUUGAAAGAAGUCGAUUACCAAUGCAAAGAGGAACAAAGAAAGGUGAGAAAAAUCAGAAGCAAAAUAUUAGGGAUAUAGGAUGACUGACAAUGGCAUUCAUUCUUUGCAAGUUCACACGGUUUUCCUUAUAAUUUUGGAGUUAAAAUGUAAAUAA